GUGCCCUCCUAUUGAGACGCUAGGAGCAUCGGCACAAGCCCUGCGGCGUCAGAGCGCGCACCAUCACCCCCGGAGCUCCAGCUUCUCAUCAGCAAAACAAACAUAUCCCAAGGCAAAAAAAAAAAAGGUUCCUCUUUAAAUCCCGAGCUUGCUCCUCGAGGGUAUUUGAGUGUGUAGAAGUUGCAUGUGCAGCCGGGAGUGAUUCGCCUCGGCCGGGACAGCAGCAAUGGGACACCCGGGCAGCAGCAGCAGCAGCGCGCGUAGAGGAUGGAGAGGAGGAUGGACGCUCCUGGUCUGGAUGGCCGCGGUCAGCCUGGUGCUGGCGGACGGACGCAGAGUGAGGCAGCCCAGAUGUCCCGUCGGAUGCAUCUGCACCAAAGAUAAUGCCCUGUGUGAGAAUGUCCGCUCCGUGCCUCACACGUUCCCCUCCGACGUCGUGUCACUAUCUUUUGUCAAGUCUGGAUUCAGUGAAAUCGCUGGAGGAAGCUUUGUUCACACGCCUGCCCUGCAACUGCUUUUGUUCACAGCAAACUCCCUCGACCUCAUCGAUGAAGAUGCAUUCCUGGGUUUACCACAUUUGGAAUAUCUAUUUAUUGAAAACAACAAAAUUGUAUCAAUAUCUCCAUUUGCUUUCCGGGGCCUAAAAGCGCUGAUACAUCUGAGUCUGGCGUACAACAAUCUGGAGACGCUGCCCAAGGAUGUCUUCAAGGGCAUGGAGGCUCUGACCAAAGUUGAUCUGCGGGGCAACAACCUGAUAUGCGACUGCAAGCUCAAGUGGCUGGUGGAGUGGAUGCACCACACCAACGCCACCCUGGAUCUUAUCUACUGCAGCGGUCCGCCCAUUCACCAGGGGAAGAAGAUCAACGACCUGCUGCCACACUCCUUUGACUGCAUCACCACAGAGUUUGCCUCCUAUCAGUCGCUGAAGUUUGAGUCCAUCUCGGUGGAGGCCUUCACCUUUGGUAAAGAGCAGUAUGUUGUGUUUCCACAACCGUUCGCUGGGACAUGCAGCUUCCUGGAAUGGGACCACGUCGAGAUGACCUUCAGACCCUAUGACACCAUUCAAAGCACGUCCACCGUGGUCUGCAAGCCCCAGGUGAUCGAUGGCCACCUCUUCGUCAUCGUGGCCCAGCUGUUCGGGGGCUCGCACAUUUACAAGCGCGACAACUCCGCCAACAAGUUCAUCAAGAUCCAGGACAUCGACAUCCUGAAGAUCCGCAAACCCAACGACAUCGAGACGUUCAUGAUCGACGGGGAAUCUUUCUUUGUCAUCGCAGACAGCUCCAAGGCCGGCUCCACAACUGUGUACAAGUGGAACGGCAAUGGUUUCUACUCCCACCAGUCUCUCCAUCCGUGGUACCGCGACACAGAUGUGGAAUAUUUGGAGAUCUCCAACAAAGCCCACCUGAUCCUGUCCAGCAGCUCCCAGAGGCCUGUGGUGUACCAGUGGAACAGGAGCCAGAAGCAGUUUGACCGCAGGACGGACAUACCGGACAUGGAGGACGUCUUCUCAGUUAAACACUUUCGGGUCAAAGGGGAUCUGUUCUUGUGCUUAACGAGAUUCAUCGGGGACUCCAAGGUGAUGCGCUGGGACGGUGCCAUGUUCAAGGAGGUGCAGACGUUCCCCUCCCGCGGCUCCAUGGUGUUCCAGCCGGUCUCCGUGGGCAAGUGGCAGUACGCCAUCCUGGGCAGCGAUUACUCCCUGACGCAGGUCUACCAGUGGGAGGGCAAGAGGGGACAGUUCGUCCCGUCCCAGGAGCUGAACAUCCAGGCGCCUCGAGGGUUCUCCAUGGUCUCCAUCGAGGACCGGGCUUUCCUGCUCGCGUCCAGCUUCAAGGGGAAAACUCAGAUAUACGAACACCUCAUGAUUGAUAUGAGUAACUAAACCAGUCAACCAUUCAGGACCAAUCAUAUACACCAGCGGGCAAAUGCUUCUUCUGUGAUUUUGUUUAAAUCCGAUUUGAAACCACAAGCAAUUCCGACAGACAAAUGUAAAUUUUCCAGAGAAGCUCAAACUAUCAAAAGAAGUAUGUCUGACCCCAUUUUAAUGAAUAUAUAUUCAACCGGCUGCAACUACUUCCUUCUGAUAAACUCCCUUUAUUUUCAUCCUCAUUCCUUCCUCUUGAGGAAUGCCUUAUCCUCCAUUUGAAGAACUCAGUUACUCAAAGCUCACAGACAAACAAUUCCUUGAUGUACAGUCUAUGUUUUUUUUCCAUUCAACUCUCUGUAUUGUGUUUAUUUCUCUUGUAAGAAUUUGAUAGGAAUGAGUUAGAGCUGACGAUAGUGUAACAAUAACAAAACGUUGAAAAGUGUGUUGAGAAGAGGAGGCAAAGUGUCAAAGUAGAAUUAUUUGACCCUCAAAGAAGUGGCCCUGAUACAUGAAACGAAGAAUCCACUGUACAUUAUGAGAAACUCUGGGGACAACAUGUGUCUCCGUUGUGUCUCCUCUCAGACACAGACCCUCGCAGUGUGUAUUCCUGAUGAAUGACUCGCUGGAAGCCUCUCACUGUGGGGACCAGCCCUCAUGCUUUCACUGCACUCUUGCCCCUUUUCUCCCUUGCUGACAAAACCAUUGUUAUCUUUACUCCGCAACUAAAAAAAGCCGACCACUGUGCGAGCACCUGCUACCUGUGCUUUCACACGCUCCUCUUAUUCUGACACACAACAAAAAGAAAGAGAAUAUCCAUAACAAACGUAACACUUGCCAAAUAUGAUGUUUACCUUUUUGCUAUACCGUGUAAAGUACUUUGUAUGAUGUGUUGCUUUUGUACGUAGAUGGGACCACACUCAGUCUUUUAUUUUUCAUAGACGUAGAAUUUAGUGUAGAUAUGUAUGUAUUUAUAAAAAAAACAGGAUCCCCUCCCUAACACUGUGUAACUUGCAGCUUCUGUAAAACAGCGUAGUCCUCCUUGUGUCCGUCGUAGUUAGGUCAGGUUAGAGGAGGAUAGAUAUUCACUUGUCAUCGUGCUCACUGUAUUUUAUGUACAGAUGUAAUAAAAAAGUGUUGAAGUAGG